UAUUCAUCAGACAUUCUAUGGAAAUUCAAAAGGAAAAUUUCUUUCAGCAUGGAAGAAUCUUUUUUAGGAUUAUUAGAGCGAUUUCGGGAGAAUGCAUCAGUUGAAACUGAAUUGUGGAAUAUAACAGAAACUAUUGUAAAUGAUUUGGAAAUCUGCAAAAAUGAAAAUAGAGAGUUGAGACAGCAGUUGAAAGAUUUAAUGAAUGAAGACACUUCAAUUUCCCAACUUUAUCUGGAAUUACAAGAAGAAAAUGUAAAGUUCAAAGAGGAAAAUAGAGCAUUAAAAUUCAAGUUUAAUGCUCAAAAACUACAAUUGAAAUCAGAAAAACUCGACAUGGAGAAAACAUGCGAAAUGAGAGUUCAAAAUUUACAAGAAGAAGUCAAGAGGAUGAAACAGGUACUGCAACAUAAAGAGAAGGAAUUUUUCGAAGAACUUCAAAUGGCGCAAGCCACAGCAGCGUAUGAAUUCGAAAAAAUUGAACAAAAGUUGAAAUGGCAGCUUUCAGAUAUAGGCAAGCAACUGCAAGAGAGCAAUCUUAUCAACACCAAAUUACGCAAGCAGUUGGAAAACUUAAACAUCGAGAAUAUACGGCAUAAUUCUAUGUCAAUAAACAUAGAAAUACCCGCAGUUCGGAAUACAGAAAAUUCAACAGAAGAAGUCACGGAAGCAUCGAUUAAUUAUAAACAGGAUAAUCAAAGAAAAUCAGAAGAAGUUAACAAUUUUAUGAGGACAUACGAACCGCUUCAGAUCGAGUGUUCUUCAGUAUUCGAUAAGAAUACAGAAAAACAAAUGCCUCCCCUUUUCAAAGGAAAGUCCCGACCUCCUAAAAAAAUGUUUACUUACAAACAUGAAAUUUCGAACAUAUCAAAGGUACCGCCGUUAAUACCAUGCUCAAAUGCCGCAAGCACAACACAGAAGAGGCGAAAACUUUACGAUCCUGACGACUUAUCCUACCUCACAGAUCUAAUCUCAAAUGAUAAUUAGGUUAGAAUUCUCUGUAACAACGUUGCUGCAUUAAAAUUAAUAAAUGUUAAUUAUAUUCUUUUUUAUGAAAGUUUCUCUAGUCGCCCUCUGGCGGAUUUUUCAUGAAACUCAAUUUCUAUGAUUAAUAUGUCAAUCUAUGGUUGCAAAAGCACAGA